AUGAGACACUGCUGGGUUCCGCUAAUAGUGGCGGCAUGGAGAGUGGGGGCUGAGCAUCACGAAAGUGGCGUAAUAAAUAAGGUGCUUAAUAGCUGGGACAAAGAUUUCCAUCCCUAUGUGAGCGACAGUACAAAGCGCGGGAGUGGCAAGGAGGGAGUUGUAUUUUAUUCUAGCAGCUGUACCGGAGAAAGCUGCAGUGCAAAGAAAAUAGGAUGCACUGAUAACCACUGUGAUAGCAAGACAGAUACGUUUAAGCAGAGCUUUGAUGUUUAG